CUGUAUGGGGCUGAGACAAAGGGCUUUACAAAGCUAGAGAAGCCAUCUGAAGAAAGGCUGGAAGAUACAUAACCAAGUUCUGACAGCUGGAGCGCUGUACUGGUUUUAGCAGCAACCUUUUGGGUCCAGCUGGAUUUUAGUAUCGAUGCUGAUUUGAACAGACUAAAAGGUGGAUCUGUUCAUGGACAUGUUUAAAAGGCAGCUCCAUGAGAUGUUCUGGUAGAUCCUGGCAGAAUAAAAGUCUCACAUGAGCUUGGCAUCAUGGGAUCAUCCACACUGGGGAAGGCAGCGUCUCUUGAUGCUCUUUUAAAAGAAUGCAUUAAUGCAUUUGAUGACAGCGGGGACCUGCAGGCCAACCCCCUCCCUCGCACCGUGCUGCUCAUGCACCGCUGGUACGUUACAUCCUCUGAACUGGCAGGAAAACUUCUGAUGAUAUACCGUGACUGCAAUGGUGACAGCUGCCAAAGAACCAGGCUGAAGAUUUGUUAUUUAAUGAGGUACUGGAUAGUGACAUUCCCUGCAGAGUUCAACCUGGACGUGGGUCUGAUCAGGAUAACAGAGGAGUUCAGACAUGUGGCAGCUCAGCUUGGCUGUGAGGAGCAUUUCAAAUUCAUCGACAUCUCUACCAUUCCAUCAUACGACUGGAUGAGAAAGAUUACCCAGCGGAAAAAGCAAACCAAGAAAGGGAAGGCCUCACUGCUGUUUGACCACCUGGAGCCCAUAGAGCUGGCUGAGCAUCUCACCUUCCUGGAGUUCAAAUCCAUCAGAAGGAUAUCGUUCACUGAUUACCAGAGCUAUGUGAUCCAUGGCUGCCUGGUGGACAACCUGACUCUGGAGCGCUCCAUUGCUUUAUUCAACGGGGUCUCACAAUGGGUCCAGCUGAUGGUUCUCAGCAAGCUCACACCUCAGACGCGUGCAGAGGUCAUCACAAAAUACAUCCAUGUGGCACAGAAACUCCUGCACCUACAGAACUUCAACACUUUGAUGGCGGUGGUGGGGGGGCUGAGCCACAGCUCCAUUUCUCGCCUAAAGGAGACUCACUUAUAUUUGGCUCCUGAAGUAGUCAAGAUCUGGAGUGAGAUGACAGAGCUGGUCUCUUCCAACAAUAACUACUCGUGCUACCGAAAGGCCUUCAACGAGUGCCGGGGAUUUAAGAUCCCCAUACUGGGUGUGCACCUGAAGGACCUGAUUGCAGUGCAUGUGGUCUUUCCUGACUGGGUUGGUGACACUAAUAAGUUGAACCUUGUGAAGAUGCAUCAGCUUUACAUGACCUUCAAUGAGCUGGUGUCCCUGCAGAGUGCAGUGGCCCAAGUUGAACCCAACAUGGACCUCAUCUACCUGCUAACGCUUUCUUUAGAUCUUUAUUACACUGAGGAUGAGAUUUAUGAGCUGUCGUUGCUAAGGGAACCACGUAACUCUAAAUCAUUGCCUACCUCUCCAACAACUCCCAACAAGCCACUGGCCCCACUGGACUGGGCCUCCGGUGUCACUACUAAACCAGACCCCUCUGUGGUCAAUAAGCAUAUCAGGAAAGUGGUGGAUUCUGUGUUCAGGAAUUAUGACCAUGACCAUGAUGGAUACAUUUCUCAGGAGGACUUUGAGAGCAUCGCAGCUAACUUCCCCUUCCUGGACUCUUUCUGCGUUUUGGAUAAAGAUCAAGAUGGUUUGAUCAGUAAAGAUGAGAUGAUAGCAUAUUUCCUUCGAGCUAACCCACUGCUGCAGUGUAAGAUGGGACCGGGAUUCAUCCAUGACUUUCAGGAGAUGACGUACCUGAAGCCCACCUUCUGCGAACACUGUGCUGGAUUUCUCUGGGGGAUCAUCAAACAGGGCUACAAAUGCAAAGACUGUGGUGUUAACUGUCAUAAACAAUGCCGCGAGCUGCUGGUCCUGGCCUGUAGGAAGCUGAUUCGCUCCGGCUCUCUAGGCAACGUUUCUCCAGUCAGACCAACUCACAGCUCGCUGCCCAGCAGCCCCACAUUGCCUGCCUGUCAAGACGAGGACGAGGUGUUUGAGUUUCCUGCUGUCACACAAGCAGAUCCAGCUCUGGACACUCAGUCCAUCACCCUGAUGACUGGCUCAGCCCAGAGAAUCUCUGUGCGUCUGCAGAGAGCCACCACAAGCCAGGCCACGCAGACUGAACCACUGUGGCCUGAACAUAGCUGGGAGGUGGCCGACACUGGCUCCCACACCUUCCCCAAAAUGAGACACAGGACUCACAGGAAAAUGUCUAAAAAUAAGGGUUUUGCCUGCUGGGAAAACCAGAAUGACGGGCAGCACCAGGCAGGUUCCUCCCAGUGCAGCGUGGACUCUCAGGAGAAGCCAGACAUCUCUGGAGAGCACGUGCAGAACAGAGUUACACACAGAGGGAAGAACAGCUGACUUGGUCACUGUGGUGAGCACCGCUCUCGGGGGUCCAGGAAGCCCCUGGUGGCCGAGACCAGGAAGCUCUUCUCACUAGGAGGCAUUCUUGGCUGUCUGAGGUCCCCUUUCAAAGACAUGAAGCUAUCAUGUCCUCUCAAGACUUGAGCAUGACACAGAAAGAGCUACACUGAGCUGCAGUCAGAGAGAUGAACUUAGCGUAUAACUGUCAUCACAUGGGGUGAUAGCUCCAUCAGAGAUGCAGGACGACAUAAAGACGGUUUAGGUUUUGCUCCCAGAAAUAAAAUAUUAUAAAAAUGUGCAGCAGCUUCAGUCUGCGGAUUGGUGGAUUGCUCAGGAAGAAUGUGAACAGAAAUCAUCUGCUGACGGAUAUUAAUAAAGAGAGGUGACAUCAGGUUCUUGAUGUCACAUGAUCAGAGCAGAAAGGAUGGAUGUGGAAAUGAAGAAAUAAAAGUAAACACAAAAAAUGAAUGUAAAGGGAAUCCAACUCUGCUGAUGUACAGAACAUCUAGGAUGAAGGACCCCAAAAAAUAUGGGUUUAUUAUUAUAUAUUCCUACAGGGAUGGCUGCAGACUGGUCCACCUCAUUUGUUUCUUACAGGUUAGAAUUUUUCAGCAUGCAACAGAAUAUUUUUUACAAAUCCUGUAAAUCAUCAAGUUUCAAAUAAAAACAAAGAU